AUGGACAUUUUCCGGUCUUUGUUCGUCCUGAACCGGGUUUUCUUCACCACUUUCUUCGGUACGUUCGGUACGAUCGCCGAGGAUGGAAAUAUUCAACAUCUGAAGAUUCGGUUCAUCACCCAUCCAAACAAGUGUUCACUGAACACAGCCGACCUGAGUUACAUUCCUGGUGUCUCCGUCAGAGAUUUUGAAGCAGAAGUGGCUGACCUGAAGGCCUCAGACAUGUGGGUCAUAGAUGCAUAUUUGUAUCUUCACCUUGAAAAGAGCCAGAUUCUCGGCUGGGACCAUCAAUGCUUGGCCCCAGAGUUACACAUGCAAGAGACCAUUCUGGGCUGUAUGGCCGAGGAGCUGAUGAAUCCGGAAUCCGGGAUGGAUACUUUUGACGACGCCACUCUAUCGGUGUUGGAGGCUGCCAGUCUUGAUGAGGAGGCUUUGAAAGUCCUUAGUCGGGAUGACCUGGGGGAUCUUUUUCCUGGCCCAGAGAAUUUCCUCAAAAGAAAGAAACUUUGGAAUUUCAUCAGUGAAAAUUGUGAAAAUACCACGGACCAAUAUGCCAGCAAUUGUGCCAUGCCACCAUGCCAGCCUGAAACCUCAACCCCCAUAUCUGCUGAUAAAAAAAUGAAAAUGCCAGACCCUCCAGAGUAUUUUGUGUACACAGAUUCAGAGUUGGACAUGGUGCGUAGUCGAUACUUUGCACUGCUCUGCAAGGGAAAGGAAAAAAAUGACAAAAUGUCCAAGGAGCUAUGUUGCAGACUUGUAAGGAACACAAUAACCAGUAUGGUUGCUAUCCUGCGUGCUAGUCCCAUGGGGAAAGAAGUCAGAUACCCGUCAAAAUUGGAAAUGAGAGCCAUGUCACAGAAGAUUAUAGACUAUUAUCCAAUGUUACGGGAUGAUGAUCUGAACAUGCCAUAUCUCACCAUCUACACCAAAAUGUACAAGCGUCUCCAAAAUAUGAGAGGCAGGGCUCUGUACCACAAAGAGGAGUGGCAAAGACUGCUCUCUUCAGCAGACAACCAAGACAUGGAGACAGAUUGGACUAACACAAGCAACUCGAGUGAUAACACCGUACGUCUUGAGAGCAAUGAUGACCUCAGCGAGGACAACUCUUGUGCAGUCGGCCAGGACAGUCUGAAGAUGCAGGCUAGGCACUACAAAACCUUGAGCAACAUGUACAAUAAGUCAAAUGCAAAACCCAAUCAAAGCGAUGUUGCUCAAGUUUUGGACCUUGAGUUUGAGGCCAGACGGGCUUUGUUUGAUGCAGAUGUUACAAGGGAAGAAGACCGACCUGCAAAAAUCUUUGCGGCAUAUCCAUGCUUUAAAGAUGUUCGAAAUGUAUGA